UAUUAUUCUUCUCCUUCAUCAAACAUGCGGUUGAAUUUAAAGACUUUAGCUGCUUGCUUGUUAUCUCUUCUGUCUGUGAAUUCACAGACAAUUACUGAGAAUACGGUUACUGAAGGAACCGUUCUUUUGAUUGGCGAUGUUGUAAUCAAUUCUGGUGUUUACUGGUCAAUUGUAAACGGACUUACAGAAACCUUCCUUGGUGACCUCAACAAUGCCGGCCAGUUAUUCAUUACUACGAAUAGUCGCCUUAUUUCUUUGUCAAUUACCUUUGCAAACGUCCUUCUGAGCUUUACAAACACUGGAGACGUUGUAUUCUCCACCGACAAUGGCCUUACCGCUCCCAACUUUGAUAUUGUUGUUAACACUUUCGAUAACAGUGGUAACGUUUGGUUUCAAAGCAUUGGAGGUUUGCUCGACCCUGUUUUCAACAUUCUUGCUGCAAACUGGAACAACAGAGCAGGAGCAAGUAUUGUGCUUUCCCUGUCAGAGAGAACAACUGUUUCUGCAACCCUAGGAACAACUGGUUUCGGUAUUACCAACGAUGGACAAAUUUGUUUGAUCAACGAGUCAUGGACACAGAGCACAGCAGUUGGUGGUUCAGGAUGUAUUGACGUGGGUAUAUCAUCCACCAUGUGGAUUGCAAACUCACUUCUCUCCUUUAGCCCUGACCAGACCAUUUACCUUUCUGACAGUUCCUCUAUGUUGAGGGUUGAAUCACUCUCGUUUUCACAAACAUUCUUGGUUGCUGGAUUUGGAAACGGCAAUGUUAUUGGACUCAGUUUACCUAUCACCGGUAGAAACUAUAAUGCAGCAACUGGGAUAUUGACACUUUCAACUGGUAUAUUCCCAUUGCAGUUAUCACAAGAAUUCAACAUUGGUCUCGGAUACAACUCUGCACUUUUCUCCACUCAAACCGUCAACUUUGGUGGUCUCAUUGGAAUUGUUAUCAAUGGUGGGGUCAUAUACAACGGCCCCAUUCCAGGUUCUAGUACUCCGUCGACUGGAUGUACGUCUUGUAAAUCUGUCCCAACAAUCCCCCUUCCUUCUAGCUCAAGUUCAGCUUUACCCUCCAGUACAAUCGCUUCAUCUACCGAUGGUGCUUCAUCUACCGAUGGUGCUUCAUCUACCGAUGGUGCCUCUUCUAGUGAAUCUCCUACAUCAAGUGCCGCUACUUCAUCAAGUGCUGCCUCUUCUAGUGAAUCUCCUUCCUCAAGUGCUGCUGCUUCAUCAAGUGAUGCUGCUUCAUCAAGCGCAGCUGCUUCAUCAAGUGCUGCAUCUUCUAGUGAAUCUCCUACAUCAAGUGCCGCUACUUCAUCAAGUGCUGCAUCUUCUAGUGAGUCUCCUUCCUCAACUGCUGCAUCUUCUAGUGAAUCUCCUUCCUCAAGUGCCGCUGUUUCAUCAAGUGAUGCUGCAUCUUCUAGUGAAUCUCCUUCUUCAAGUGCUGCCUCUUCUAGCGAAUCUCCUUCUUCAAGUGCUGCUGUUUCAUCAAGUGCUGUUUCAUCAAGUGCAGCUGCUUCAUCAAGUGCAGCUGUUUCAUCAAGUGCUGUUUCAUCAAGUGCAGCUGCUUCAUCAAGUGCAGCUGCUUCAUCAAGUGCUGUAUCUUCUAGUGAAUCUCCUUCUUCAAGUGCCGCUGCUUCAUCAAGUGAUGCUGCUUCAUCAAGCGCUGCUGCUUCAUCAAGUGCUGCUGCUUCAUCAAGCGCUGCUGCUUCAUCAAGUGCUGCCUCUUCUAGUGAAUCUCCUUCUUCAAGUGCUGCCUCUUCUAGCGAAUCUCCUUCUUCAAGUGCUGCUGUUUCAUCAAGUGCAGCUGCUUCAUCAAGUGCUGUAUCUUCUAGUGAAUCUCCUUCUUCAAGUGCCGCUGCUUCAUCAAGUGCCGCUGCUUCAUCAAGUGAUGCUGCUUCAUCAAGUGCUGCUGCUUCAUCAAGCGCUGCUGCUUCAUCAAGUGCUGCCUCUUCUAGUGAAUCUCCUUCUUCAAGUGCUGCCUCUUCUAGCGAAUUUCCUUCUUCAAGUGCUGCUGCUUCAUCAAGUGCUGCUUCAUCAAGUGCAGCUGCUUCAUCAAGUGCUGUAUCUUCUAGUGAAUCUCCUUCUUCAAGUGCCGCUGCUUCAUCAAGUGAUGCUGCUUCAUCAAGUGCUGUAUCUUCUAGUGAAUCUCCUUCUUCAAGUGCCGCUGCUUCAUCAAGUGAUGCUGCUUCAUCAAGUGAUGCUGCUUCAUCAAGUGCUGCAUCUUCUAGUGAGUCUCCUUCCUCAACUGCUGCAUCUUCUAGUGAAUCUCCUUAUUCAAGUGCUGCCUCUUCUAGCGAAUCUCCUUCUUCAAGUGCUGCUGCUUCAUCAAGUGCUGCUUCAUCAAGUGCAGCUGCUUCAUCAAGUGCUGUAUCUUCUAGUGAAUCUCCUUCUUCAAGUGCCGCUGCUUCAUCAAGUGCCGCUGCUUCAUCAAGUGAUGCUGCUUCAUCAAGCGCUGCUGCUUCUUCAAGUGCUGCUGUUUCAUCAAGUGCAGCUGCUUCAUCAAGUGCUGUAUCUUCUAGUGAAUCUCCUUCUUCAAGUGCCGCUGCUUCAUCAGGUGCCGCUGCUUCAUCAAGUGAUGCUGCUUCAUCAAGCGCUGCUGCUUCUUCAAGUGCUGCUGUUUCAUCAAGUGCAGCUGCUUCAUCAAGUGCUGUAUCUUCUAGUGAAUCUCCUUCUUCAAGUGCCGCUGCUUCAUCAGGUGCCGCUGCUUCAUCAAGUGAUGCUGCUUCAUCAAGCGCUGCUGCUUCUUCAAGUGCUGCUGUUUCAUCAAGUGCAGCUGCUUCAUCAAGUGCUGUAUCUUCUAGUGAAUCUCCUUCUUCAAGUGCCGCUGCUUCAUCAAGUGAUGCUGCUUCAUCAAGCGCUGCUGCUUCAUCAAGUGCUGCUGCUUCAUCAAGUGCUGCCUCUUCUAGUGAAUCUCCUUCUUCAAGUGAUGUUGUACCAUCUACAGAUGGUGCAUCUUCUGGUAAUGGUGCUUCAUCCACCAGUACGGCUUCUUCAUCUAGUCCUACAUAUUCCACCAAUGGAGAUUCUUCAAGUGGCGUAGCUUCUAUUACCAGUACUACAUCAUCCAUAGGUACUGUUAGUGGUACUGAAACCAGAAUUUCUAGUAGUACGCACACUGGUACUGACUCCGGCUCUAAUGGAUCAGGAUCAGGUUCUUCUGGCUCCGGCUCUUCUGGUUCUGGCUCCGGCUCUUCUGGUUCUGGCUCCGGCUCUUCUGGUUCUGGCUCCGGCUCUUCUGGUUCUGGCUCCGGCUCUUCUGGUUCUGGCUCCUCUGGUUCUGGCUCCUCUGGUUCCGGCUCUUCUGGUUCUGGCUCCUCUGGUUCUGGCUCCUCUGGUUCUGGAACUGACUCCGGCUCCUCUGGUUCCGGCUCUUCUGGUUCUGGCUCUUCUGGUUCUGGAACUGACUCCGGCUCCUCUGGUUCUGGAACUGACUCCGGCUCUAAUGGAUCAGGAUCAGGUUCUUCUGGAUCUUCUGGCUCUUCUAGCUCUGGCUACGGCUCUUCUGGUUCUGGCUCUUCUGGUUCUGGCUCCUCUGGUUCUGGCUCUUCUGGUUCUGGCUCUUCUGGUUCUGGAACUGACUCCGGCUCCUCUGGUUCUGGAACUGACUCCGGCUCUAAUGGAUCAGGAUCAGGAUUAGGAUCUUCUGGAUCCGGCUCUUCUGGUUCUGGCUCUUCUGGUUCUGGCUCUUCUGGUUCUGGAACUGACUCCGGCUCCUCUGGUUCUGGAACUGACUCCGGCUCUAAUGGAUCAGGAUUAGGAUCUUCUGGAUCCGGCUCUUCUGGUUCUGGCUCUUCUAGCUCUGGCUCCGGCUCCUCUGGUUCCGGCUCUUCUGGUUCUGGCUCCUCUGGUUCUGGCUCCUCUGGUUCUGGAACUGACUCCGGCUCUAAUGGAUCAGGAUUAGGAUCUUCUGGAUCCGGCUCUUCUGGUUCUGGCUCUUCUAGCUCUGGCUCCGGCUCCUCUGGUUCCGGCUCUUCUGGUUCUGGCUCCUCUGGUUCUGGCUCCUCUGGUUCUGGAACUGACUCCGGCUCUAAUGGAUCAGGAUUAGGAUCUUCUGGAUCCGGCUCUUCUGGUUCUGGCUCUUCUGGUUCUGGCUCCUCUGGUUCUGGAACUGACUCCGGCUCCUCUGGUUCUGGAACUGACUCCGGCUCCUCUGGUUCCGGCUCUUCUGGUUCUGGCUCUUCUGGUUCUGGAACUGACUCCGGCUCCUCUGGUUCUGGAACUGACUCCGGCUCUAAUGGAUCAGGAUCAGGUUCUUCUGGCUCCGGCUCCUCCGGCUCCUCUGGUUCUGGCUCCUCUGGUUCUGGCUCCUCUGGUUCUGGAACUGACUCCGGCUCUAAUGGAUCAGGAUCAGGUUCUUCUGGCUCCGGCUCUUCUGGUUCUGGCUCCGGCUCUUCUGGUUCUGGCUCCUCUGGUUCUGGCUCUUCUGGUUCUGGCUCUUCUGGUUCUGGCUCUUCUGGUUCUGGCUCUUCUGGUUCUGGCUCUUCUGACUCCGGCUCCUCUGGUUCUGGAACUGACUCCGGCUCCUCUGGUUCCGGCUCUUCUGGUUCUGGCUCUUCUGGUUCUGGAACUGACUCCGGCUCUAAUGGAUCAGGAUCAGGUUCUUCUGGAUCUUCUGGCUCUUCUAGCUCUUCUGGCUCAGGAACGGGAUCUGGUUCUGCUGGUUCGGGCUCUGGUUCAGGUUCCGCUACUACAGUGUUAUCUCCAAAUACUGCGUCAUUCGUCACAGAUGGUUCUGCAGUGAGUAUUAAAUCACUGUCGAUUUUGAGUCUUGUUGUUACCUUCCUUGCCAUUUUGUUAUAAUGAAAUAAAGGACAGCUGACCUCAUGUUGAACAAGGUUUCAAGUUAAUUUUACUUCUUCAGAUAUCCAUUUUUGUUUCGGUACUUCGAUAUUUUAUAUUUGCUUUAGCUAUAUGUUUAUUAAUUGAAUACAUAAAGUUUAGAAUUUUACUAUCAAACAAUAUCGUAAUUUU